AAGAAUAUCAAAGCAAUUUUUUUUUAACAAUUGUAUUCAGUUAUUGCAUUCAGAGAUACAGGAAAAACUGAUUUCCACAUAAAGUAAAAGAGAAACAGGGAAGAGUUCAAGGAAGCGUUGCGGACGGGUGCUGUCAACAAACACAAACUGUCACAAAGCACAGCAGGUAAAUGUAUCACUGCUCCAGAUCAACUGCAGCAAAGUGAGUCAGCUUUUAUUUAGCCUCUGGACUAAAUCCCUUCUUUUUAGGGUUUGUGCUGCCUUUGGGCUUGUGCCCCCACUCAGGGGCUCUUCGGUCUGCAGGACUGAGCUCUUGUUCCUGCAGCACGGCUGGAUCUCUGCCCACUGCCACAGCCAGACACCUCCCCUCAGUGCAGGGGGUGGUGUGGGGAUCGGCAGCAAUCCAGGGACCCCAGAGUUUCUAGAAGAACAGCAGAAGGAUAAUCAAGAGCCUUUGAUGAAGCUCGCAGCUUCACUGUUAAAUAACACCCGCUCCCAACAGCUGAGUGGGGGCAGGACUCAUUCCAGAACUAUUAAUAAAGCCCCUAUUUAUACUCCAGGUUCCUGUGAACGGUGCAGCAGAAAGCUACAGCUGCGGAGCUAAAAUGGAAUAAAUGUCAGCCUCCGGGGGAAAGUACCAUCGUGUGGGAAAGGAGACAGCCAAAGGACAGCACGGGGCAGGUUUCAGACCUGAGGAAGCAGAGGGCGAGCGGCAGCACCCUGAGCUUGCAGCCAGUGGGCAGAGCCAGCCAGACACCUCCCUGCAGCCGCAGGUCCGCGCACAGAGCUGCCAGAGAUGCAGCGUCAGAGGCUGUUCCCACUGAUGCCAGCAGAGACCAGCGGGAUUUGAGCUGCUCUCCGCUGAGCUGAGACCAGGUGGGACUCAGGGCAAAGCUGCAAGAGGCAGAAAGGACGUUUGAGGAGGCUUUGAGUGCCUUGUCUGCUGGAGUGGACAGAUAAUGGAGAGCACAGGAGGGCCGUAUCUGAACACGGCUGCGCUGACUUCCCCUGUAGGAAUAGCUCGAUUGCUGCAGAUGACCUUCGGAUGCACCACGUUCAGCCUGGUUGCGCACCAGGGGGGGUUCAGUGCUGCCUACGGCACCUUCUGCAUGUUUGUCUGGACCUUCUGCUUUGCCAUCACUGUGUUCAUCAUCACCUGUGAGUUCACACACCUGCACAGCUGCCUGAGCCUCUCCUGGGGAAACUUCACCGCCGCCUUUGCCAUGCUUGCCACGCUCAUGUCCAUCACGGCUGCAGUGAUCUACCCGCUCUACUUCGUCCAGGUGGGCUGUUACCCCAUCGGCUGCGAGGUGAGGGAUUUCCGCAUCGCCGCCAGCGUCUUCGCGGGCCUCCUGUUUGUCACCUAUGCCACUGAGGUGUUCCUAACCAGGGCGAAACCAGGACAAGUCACCAGCUACAUGGCCACUGUCUCUGGGCUCCUGAAAAUCGUUCAGGCCUUUGUGGCCUGCAUCAUCUUUGGGGCACUGGUGAACGACAGCCAAUAUGGUAAAUACGUGGCGACGCAGUGGUGUGUGGCUGUCUACAGCUUUUGCUUUGUGGUGACAGUGGUGGUAGUGGCCUUCAGUGUCACAGGUAAGACUGCAUUGCUGUGGUUCCCUUUUGAGCGUUCUGUGGUCAUCUACACCUUUGGGGCUGUGCUGCUCUACACGAGUGCUGCGGUCAUCUGGCCAGUGUUCUGCUUUGACAGCAAGUACGGCUCCCCGCGACGCCCUGGCCUCUGUGCCAAGGGCAAGUGCCCCUGGGACAGCCAGCUGGUGAUUGCCAUCUUCACCUAUGUCAACCUGCUGCUCUAUGUCUUGGACCUGGCGUACUCGCAGCGCAUCCGCUUUGUCUCACACCUCUGAGCUGUGGCGCGGCCUCUGUGGGGGCAUCUCAGUGCUGUGAAGCACUGCAGGUGCAGAGGGACGAGCUGAGGGGCACAGAGGUGCUGGGCAAGCAAGCACACACCACCAUCAGCCAAACCUCACGGGGAGGACUGACCGCACUAAUGAAGGAAUGACCUGGAGCAGGUGGGCUGCAGCUGAUACAAAGCACAGCCCAACUCCCCCAUGGUUCUGCCUCGCCUGCCUGGUGCCAGCAUGAAGGAAUGACAGCUCCACGUGCAUCUGCAGACAGCAGGAAUGCUUCUAACCACAGCAGCGGGGCUGCAGGCUACCUGGUUACUGAGCCAAAUAUUAGGAAAGACUCCAAGGAUUCUGAGACUGUUAACCAGUGCUUAAUGGUAACCAAGUGACUACUCAGGAAGUGGAAAAGUUAAAAGCUGCAUGAAGGAACACCAGUUCAGGAGAUGAAAAUCAGUCCCUUGGAGUUUGGGUUAGUUUGGACUGUUGUGAGAUGUGGAAUGCCUGCAAGUGUGGGCAGUUCCAGUCUGAGUGUUUCUGAGAAGACCAUCACAGCCAUCACAAUAUUUUGAAGGUUGCCAGUCUUUUCCCUUCCUCUCCUUCACUGUCUAGCACAGAAAAGGAAUAUCCUCAAGUGCACACAUUGGAGGAGGCCUAUUUAAUUUAAUAUUCCUAUCUAGCAAACACUGAGUCACUACAGAAAUAAAAAUUUGUGAAGUUGGAGCUCUUCUGCUGAGAAUCAGGUUGUAGAGAAGAGCCAACCUGCCAAGUGACUGUGUGGGACCUGCCAUCCUCACUUGAGCAGCACAGGAAAUACCUUGGCAUGUGCUCUGUCUUGAUGCAUGGGCCACCAUUUCUUUACACUGGGAUCAAGAGGUUUUUUUUCUGGAGGCUUGAAGAUAAAUUCUGGGGGCAUGGGAAAGGGGAGGCAGAGACUAAUUGAUUUCACAGUGCUGCACAAGAGAUCAAACCAGGCGGGGAGGGGGCAUGGACAGGAUGGGACCUGGCAGGACUUGCACAUGGUACCCCAGAGCAGCUCAGGCACAGAAUUCCUGAGCACUCUGCAUCACUGAGUAGCCAAAUUUCUCAGACCCAGCCCUGACAAAACACCCACUUUAAAGUUCCACAAUUCUCAGCUCAGAUUUCAGGCCCCAUAGGAAUCUUCAUUUGUUCCAGGGAGAAGCCAGACUGUCCAAGUCCAGCACAUGCAAACUUGAGUGCUUUGAUUAAAAUUUCCAGUAGCUGCCUGUCAGAAGCAAGAUUUAUUUUUUAACCAAAACAAAAUAAAGCUGAAUGGCAGAUGUAUGCUUACAUAUCCUGAGUUCUGUGUGCUGUCACCCUCCUCUCCACACUUUCAUUGCAGCAGACAUGGCCCUUUCUGCAUGAAAGUAGAGCUUACUUUAUUUUGAUGUGCAAAGCCUGAACACAGACCCAAAAUAGAACAGACACACCACAGCAAGACCUCUGAGUGGAUCCUUUGCAGCAGAAUGACUCAGGAAUAAGUAAGGAAACUUACUUUUCAUCAGUGCUUUGUGUGGGAUUUGAGAAGCAAAGGGAAAACUUAUUGGGACAGAUUAUGUUGAAUAGUUCUGAGUAAGGACCAAGCCUUAGCAGUGGGGAGCAUUAGCCAGGAAAUGGGACAAGAAUUGGGACCAGCAUGAAGGAAGAGCCUUCCAAGGGGGUUUUCUCUUUUGUGAGUCACAGAGAAGGGCAGGAAAUCUGAAAGAUGUGGUCCAAGAGGAGGCUGGUAGGGCAAGACCCAAAAGGAAAUCCACUUGUGUUGGAGUAGUCAAUUUACAAGAGCCACUGCAUAUGAAGGGACCUUGAGCAUUUAUGAUGUAUUCCUGUAAAACCCAUCAAUAUGGACAAAUUAAGUUGUGUCACACUUGAGA